UUACAUCAUAUGAUCAUUGAUCACCCACCUCAAUUGAUUCCCUUCUUCUGUGUCUCUUUGGGCUUUUUUACUGAUUUGAGUUGUCUAAAAUAUCCAAUAGGGUAAAGUUAAACUGUUUCAGUAAAAAGAUUACAGAAGCAAAAUGAAGGGGUGCAUUUUUAACAUCGAUGCUGGAUAUUUAGAAGGACUGUGCCGUGGUUUCAAGUGUGGAAUCCUGAAGCAGGCUGACUACCUUAAUUUGGUGCAAUGCGAGACCCUGGAAGACUUAAAGCUUCACCUGCAGGGCACCGACUAUGGUACGUUCCUUGCAAAUGAGCCCAGCCCACUUUCUGUCUCUACAAUUGACGAUAAGCUUCGUGAGAAGCUCGUAAUUGAAUUCCAGCAUCUAAGGAAUCAUUCAGUGGAGCCUCUCUCGACCUUCUUGGACUUCAUUACUUACAGUUACAUGAUUGACAACAUUAUUUUGCUGAUCACUGGUACACUACACCAGAGGCCCAUUUCGGAGCUCAUUCCCAAAUGCCACCCCCUGGGCUCCUUUGAGCAAAUGGAAGCCAUCCAUGUUGCUGCUACACCUGCUGAACUGUACAAUGCAGUCCUUGUUGACACCCCAUUGGCCCCAUUCUUUGUCGACUGCAUCAGUGAGCAAGACUUGGAUGAGAUGAAUAUUGAGAUCAUUCGUAACACCCUGUACAAGGCUUACCUGGAAGCCUUCUAUGAUUUCUGCAAGCAGAUUGGUGAAACUACUGCUGAUGUUAUGUGUGAAAUUCUGGCUUUUGAAGCUGAUCGCCGUGCAAUCAUCAUCACUAUCAACUCGUUUGGGACAGAAUUGUCCAAAGAUGACCGUGCUAAGCUGUACCCACGCUGUGGCAAACUGAACCCUGAUGGAUUGGCUGCUCUCGCCAGAGCUGACGAUUAUGAGCAGGUCAAAGCUGUUGCCGAGUACUAUGCUGAGUACCAAGCGUUGUUUGAGGGUGCUGGCUCUAAUGUUGGUGACAAGACCUUGGAGGACAAGUUCUUUGAGCAUGAGGUGAGCCUCAAUGUCCAUGCAUUCCUGCAACAAUUCCACUUCGGGGUGUUCUAUUCAUACCUGAAGCUGAAGGAACAAGAAUGCCGAAACAUUGUAUGGAUUAGUGAGUGUGUGGCUCAAAAGCACCGUGCUAAGAUUGACAACUACAUUCCCAUUUUCUAAACAGUAUAUAUUAUACUUCUGAACUUUAAGAAUUCCUUUAAACAUACUUUUGCUUUGUACAUACCUAUUUGCAAUAUUGAUCAGGACAAAUGUAUGUAUACAUAAUACAGUUACAAUGUAGUUAAUAAUAAGAACUAUUGUAAACAUUAUAAAUAUUUUCUGUAUUCUACACAUAAGAUUGUUCAUUGAUCAUU